AUGGGAGACGACGAUGAAGUUCGUGAUGAUGACCGCUUUACCACGUCUAUGACUCUCAAUCAAAUCUUCGAAAAGCUUAAUAGUAUGAAAUCGAACUUUACUGCUAAAAAAUAUCAUGCAAUUUUCAACAACUGUCGCAUUUUUGUUCGUCGAUUUGGCAAAGUUUUAGACUCAUCAUUCAAUCCUAUUGAUGCCAUAACUGAUACAUUUAUUCAUACUACUAACUUCGUGAAUAAGUUCAAAGCACACCCAAAACGGUGGAGAAAUACUUGCCCAACUGGGAUUUUUCGAGUUUAUCAAUUGAAUACCAUCUCACAUUUCAAACCACACGAUGCUCACACAACAUCCAACAUCUGUUGGGUGUCGCCAUUGAUGAAUCUGUACGAUGGAAUAGAAAAUGGUGAAUUAGUUAAUUUUAACGAUGAUGUUCUCCGUCACUUAUUACGAUUCAUACUCAAUGAACCAACUCAACAGCCGAAUUGGAACUUGAGACCCUAUGUCGAAGAUUUAACAAAUUUAGACGAACGUUAUAGGAAAUUUAUUCGUAAUCUUUAUGAAGUUGUGAAACUUGAUCAACAAGAUAGUCGAGAACAUCAUCGAUGGGCAAAAGUUCACCAUGAUAUUGUUUUUGAUAAUUGGCCAAGAGAAUGGUAUGGAAGAACAUUAGAAAGAAUCGAACGAAAGAAAAGCAUGCCCACCAUCAAAGAAUAUGAUCUUCUCAUGCCUGUUACUCGUUAG